UACGGCGGAGACUUUAUUCGGAGGUGCGGUACAAAGAAAAGCCAGACAGAAAGCAGAAUGACAACACGAAGACUCGCAUCGAUCCUGCUUUUGGCCGCUGUCCUUCUCGUCGAUGCAAACAAACAUGGCCGCCAGCAAAGAGAGACCGCCGCAAAAGACGCCAAUCAGGGGACAUGUCAGCAAUGUCAGUGCGGACCCGGGCCACCAGGGCCCGCCGGUCCAGCUGGGAUGCCCGGUAACCAUGGUAAUAAUGGUAACAACGGGGCGUCCGGGGCCCCGGGGGUGCCCGGAGAGAAGGGCGACAAAGGGGCCGAAGGAUUGAAAGGGAAGCGUGGCUCCAGAGGGGAGCCAGGAACCCCCGCCAAAUCACCGACAAAGAUCGCCUUCUCCGUCCAACGAAACCUGACGUACGGGAAAUUCGGCUACGACUUUGACAUCAGUUACGACCACGUCAUCACGAAUGUUGGCGAAGCCUUCAGUUCCUACACCAGCCACGUGACGGCGCCGGUCGACGGUAUAUACGUCUUCAUGUUCAAUACGCUCGGCGGGAACGGGAACACGUUGGUGUCGUUGAUGGUCAACGGGAACAAGCGGGCGUCAGCCUGGGGGUACCACACGGACAAGAACCCGUACCCGAACGCGGGAAACCAGAUCGUCCUUCAACUUCUCCGUGACGACCGGGUCUGGUUGAAGUUGGCUGCGGGUAGCACCAUGAACUACGGCACCAAGCCCUCCGUUUUGAGUUUCAGCGGAUUCUUGCUUUUUGAGACUUAACCUCUUGAAUCCCAAAACUUGAAAAUCCCGGGAUCCCAGGGUGGUCACGUGGUUGCGAAAUUGGGUCUGACUUUCACGAUGUAUAGCGCCCGCAUACAACUGCCAAAGUCCGGUACCGAGGCGCCAUCUACCCAGGCAUGCUCUUACUGACCCUACUGUACAUCAAACACGCUAAAACAAGCAAUAAGCUAGCGUCCUAGCUCAAGGGAAUAAAAAUAUCACUGAGACCGACCUGUCGGUCGCUGGGAAAAAACGUGAUUUCAAAAUGACCGACUUGUUGGUCACCGGGAUUCAAGAGGUAAAGAUCAACGACACUGAACACUUUACAAACAAUUUUCCCAUUUUAAAAUGACCUCUUGAGUACCGAAGCUAAUUGCACGCCCUGUACUGGGCCCAAUUUUCAAUUAUUGAUAUGAUUCUGUAAUAUAUUCAUUGUACUGUUAUUUUGAAUGGGCAAGUGCCUCAUCUGCACUAAAACGCGGCCAAUUCGACAGGCGACUCAUAAACGAUGGCGUGAAUGCAACGAAAACAAACGUGAAAUCGAAGAUAUUUCACUGGAAUGGUCAAUACACGUGUUUGCAACAGUGCCCCUUUAAACAUGCUUGACAAAUAUAUUUAUAUAUGUAUAGCCAUCUAUUGGUAAAGAAUGGAACUCUAGUGGAAGCAGACGAUACAGAGUGAUCAUAAUAUAGCCAUAGAAGUGUGCGGGCAGUACCGUAGUAUCAAUGAUAAAACGGUACAAAAUGACCGCAAUUGCGGGCACUAAAGGUACAGAGAUGUUGGAAUAAAUGUCCGCAAUUGGGGUAACUAAAGGUACAGAGAUGUUGGAAUAAAUGUCUGCAAUUGCGGUAACUAAAGGUACAGAGAUGUUAGAAUAAAUGU